AUGAAGAGAGGGCAGCAGCAGCCCCAGACUGGCGUCACAGACGGCGCUGCAGCCACGCAGCAGCCCCAGACUGAUUGGCAGUCCAACACUGCGUACACCUCCAGAUCAGGCGGUACACCCACGCAGCAGCCUCAGACUGAUUGGCAGUCCAACACUGCGUACACCUCCAGAUCAGCCAAAAACAUGGAAAUGGAAAAGAAAUUUGUGGAGGCGGAAAAACGAAACAAGAAGACUGAGCUACGAGUAGCCGAAUUGGAACAGAUGUGUGUUUCACCCGGGCAUCCCAACUUUACCGUGUCUCCUGAAGAUAAGAGGAACAUGAGCCCAGUUGGCUCCGGCUCUGUCGGGCCUCCUGGCCCACCUGGCCCUCUAGCUAAAAAGGCGGCCAUUGGGCCAGUUGGCCCCGUGUCUAUCGGGCCUCCUGGACCUCCUGGGCCCCCUGGCCCUCCUGGCCCUCCAGGCAAAAAGGCGGACAUUAGGCCAGUUGCCCCCGUGUCUCCCGGCCCUCCUGGGCCACCUGGCCCUCCAGGACAAAAGGGGGCCACGGGGCCAGUUGGCCCUGGGUCUGACGGGCCUCCUGGGCCACCUGGCCCUUCAGGGGAGAAGGGGGCCAUUGGUCCAGUUUGCCCUGCGUCUGCCGGGCCUCCUGGCAUUCCAGGACAGAAAGGGACCAUGGGCCCGAUUGGCCCACCAGGACACAAGGGAGUCAUGGGCCCAGUUGGCCCUGAGUCUGCUGGGCCUCCUGGGCCACCUGGCCCUCCAGGAGAGAAAGGGGCCACGGGCCGAGUUGGCCCUGCAUUUCCCGGGCCUCCUGGGCCACCUGGCCCUCCAGGAGAGAAAGGGGCCACGGGCCCAGUUGGCCCUGCAUUUCCCGGGCCUCAUGGGCCACCUGGACCACCCGGACGCCCGGGACACAAGGUACUGGAACCAGCUGGACCUCGGAGGUGGUGCGUGAAUGAAGGUUGUCCCAAAGGUUAUCGUAAGCAGCGUGGAAUCUGCUACAAGGUAUUCACCGCUCAACUGAAGAGCUUCGUCGACGCGACAGCGACUUGUCGUCAAGACGGCGGCACCCUCGCCAUGGCCCAAGACGCUGAGACCAACGAUUUGCUGAUUUCCCUGUACAAGGCCGCUAUAAGCAGUGGGGCCGGAUUCUGGCUCGGCCUCUCCGAUACGCGCGAGGAAGGAGUGUUUGAGUGGGCGAAUGGCACUCCCCUUGGAGCGUACAGACCAUGGGAGUACAAGUGUGCCUAG